UUUUGUGUUGAAAUACGACAAGUUAAACAAUCCACGGGCUAUGAGUCAAAAGAAAUAUAAUGAGACAUUACAACAAAUGGGGGAGUAUGGCCCAACUUGCCAUGUUCAGUCAGUCUACAAUGUUUGCAAUCAAAAAGAUGUUAAUGGACGGGAUGUGUUGCGUUUGGUUGAAUUAAAAUCUGGAAAACUUGUUAUACCGUUGGAAGAUGUUUUUGACGAAAUUGAGAGAAUUCACCUUCAACACAACCAUUUGUGCAACAUUGCAAAAUUCUACCAAGCUAUCAAAGAGUCAACAAACCUCGCUACGGGCAAUAUAAGCUUCGAAAUGGCCAAAGAUUUUAUCAGUCGCUGCCAAACUUGCACAAUAAAGUCGCAACAAAAAUCGUCAAAAACUUCACAAAAUACGGGACUUUUCGCCCCAAAGCUGUCACCAACCAAAUUUCCAAAGAAGAAUGCGAGGCCGGAAAUCUCUCCAAUUUUGUUGUCUAAUGGAGCUUCGAAUUCUGGUGGAAGUGGUGGAAAGAGUGAUGGAGCAAAGAAUGGUUCACAAAAUGGCUCUAGUAAUAAUGGUCAGAAUUUUAUGCCUCAUAGUCAACCUUCUUUUGUUGCACCAAGUCCGAUAUAUACAGCAGUUAAUCGCCCAUUUUUUCCAACAACACCUUUAUCAAAUCAACCAUUUUCUUCUAUGACUUCAUCAUCUACUAAAGAUUUUAACAAGUCUGGAUGGAUGCCGACCUUCACGUCUACUCCUCUUGCCACAAAAGCUGCUCAACCAAGAAUUGAUAUCUCGUCAACUUCAUUCUUGAUUCCACAAUUUACACCGCAUCAAAAUAGUAAUACAAAUCAACUGGCUAAUAAUUGUCUGGUCAAUAAUCGAAGCGUAAUUACUACUUGUGGACCGGCUUUACAAACUUCAAACGCUUUCACGCAAAAUACAACAGUAAUUAUUAGCGAUCAUCCUGAAGUACCUCCAAUUAGAGAGGUUGUGCAGAAUGCUGUGGGGAAUGCUUCAAGUAGAGAGCCGGUGAUUAAACAGGAAGUCCAUCCAAUCGAUGAAAUGCUUCAAAAAUACAUUGAUGUUGGAGAAUGGAAGAAUGACUUUAUUUUUACCGACACCGAAUGUCGUCAAAUUCUUGGAGAGCUGGCUAGAACACAUUUUGGAAUGUGGGAAUUGAAAGAAUCUAGAACAAAUCCGGGAGAAUUUUAUUUUUUUAAUAAGAAGGAUGGAACUUGUCAAUGGAAUGAACCUGAUGCUUGGGUAGAGGAAAUUAAGAAGCGAGUUUCGAUUGAAAAAGUUUUGAGAAUUGAACAGGAUGAUGAGAAUAAUCAACUUGAGGACGAAAUUCUUGGCGAGGGUGAUAUAAUUGAACAACCUGUUGAAGAAGACAAUUUUGUUGUUGAAGAUCCAAUACAACGUAGGGAGGAGAAUGUUGUUCAGUCUUUAGAGCCAGCCAAAGACCAACAACCAGUCGUUGAGAACAAUGUUGAAGAACUUAUUGCUUCACCAACACAGCAGGAUUUGCCCCAGCAAGAUAUGGAGGAAAUUGUUCAAUCUUUAGUUGACGACUUGAUUACUGAACGUGAAAAUCAAAUACUUAAACAACCACAAUCUGCUGUUGUUUCUGAAGAGGAGGGAAAGAAGAAUAUUUGUGAGGAAAACUUGGAAGGUUUGGAGAAUCCUUUGGAGACGGCUCUGGAAGUUCCUGUGGAAACUUUUGUGGAGACGGGUUUGGAGGGAGCUGUGGAGGAGGCUUCGGAGGCGGCUCUGGAAGUUCCUGUGGAGGGGGCUUUGGAGACUCCUUUGGAGGGGGCUGGGGAGACGGCUGUGGAAGGAGCUGUGGAGAGGGCUUUGGAGACGGCUCUGGAAGUUCCUGUGGAGGGGGCUUUGGAGGGAGCUGUGGAGACGGGUUUGGAAAUUCCUGUGGAAACUCCUUUGGAAACUCCUCUAUCAGCACCAGCAGCGCCACCAGCAUUAGAAGAACCUCCUUUAAAUAUUCAACCACCAAACUGCUCUGUUGCUCCAAUUGAAAAAUUAAUUGAGGAAGAAAACAACAAAAUUUGUGAGGAAAAGGUUGUAGAGAAUUCUCCAAUACAGCACCAACAACAACAACAAGAAGAAGAGCAACCUGUUGUGAUGAAUAAUGGUGGUGAUGAAACUACAAAUUUUCUUAGACCGUUUAAUACAACUGAUUCGUUUAUGGCUGCUGCUUUGGGUGGAGGACUUAAUGAUGAUACAAUGGACAUUGCCAAUUUUAUCGAGCAAUUUGACGAACAAUUAAAUUCUCCUCCUCCAAAUAAUCGGGAAAAUGUUCAACAAGUAUUAAGCAAUGAAAUUGUAAUUGAGGUUUAUUUUUGA